UUCUUCCAGCUGAAGGAGCGAAAUGAAGUGAAUUGGAGGCUGAGCGGCGCGUCGCUGCUGAGGAAGAGGAGAGAGAGGAAGCUGCGCUAUAAAAGCCGGAGUCUCCGCGCGGCUCCGGAGUUCGCAGGAGGCGCUCGGAGCGCCGCGGAGCUUCUCUGGGUCUCCAGGCCGGGUUCCGAGUUUCAGGCUGCGGGUUGCCGGAUGCCGCGCUUCUCUGCAGCUGUCGAGAUGCUUCCGGCGACCAGGCGCCGCCGCGGGUGAGGAUGAGGAGGAGGAGGCAGGAGCGGGUCUGACUGAGGCUGCGGGACAUGCGGCGUCUUCUCCUCUGGAUGCGGGUUUGAGAGCUUCCCAAGCGGCCAGUCGGAGCUCGAUGAGCGGGGCAGGUGACGGAGGAAGAAGGUGGAGGGAUGGAGCCGCCCGCCAGCUACGGAGGUCUGCUGAACUUCUCCACCAAUGACUCCGACACCAGCGGCUCCUCCAGCCUGGGCCCCCAGGCGGCUCUGGCCGUGACUCUGGGGCUCAUCACCUGCGCCACCACGCUCUCCAACGCCUUCGUCAUCGCCACCAUCUACCAGUCCCGGAAACUGCACACCCCGGCCAACUUCCUCAUCGCGUCCCUGGCGCUCACGGACCUGCUGGUGUCCGUCCUGGUGAUGCCCAUCAGCGCGCUGUACACGGUGCUGCAGACCUGGCCGCUGGGCCAGGUGAUGUGCGACAUCUGGCUGUCCUCGGACAUCACCUGCUGCACCGCCUCCAUCCUCCACCUGUGCGUCAUUGCGCUGGACCGGUACUGGGCCAUCACGGACGCGGUGGAGUACUCCAAGAAGCGCACGGCGGGACGCGCCGCCGGCAUGAUCGCCACCGCCUGGGUCAUCGCCAUCUCCAUCUCCCUACCGCCAUUCUUCUGGCGCCAGGUGAAGGCGGAGGAGGUGACGAGCUGCAACGUGAACACGGACCACAUCUUCUACACCAUCUACUCCACCUUCGGCGCCUUCUACAUCCCCACGCUGCUGCUCAUAUGCCUGUAUGGCCGGAUCUACGUGGAGGCGCGGAAGCGCAUCCUGAAGCAGGCGCAGUACAAGCAGGGGAAGAGGCUGACCUCUGCGCACCUGAUCAGCAGCUCCCCCGGCUCCGUGGCGUCCACCACCUCCCUGAACUACGGGACGAACGACGCCUCCUCCUGCUGCGACACUACCUCGUCCUCCCCCAGUGUGAGCCAAGUCAAAGUCACUGUGUCGGACGCGCUGCUGGAGAAGAAGCGCAUCUCUGCGGCCAGGGAGCGGAAGGCCACCAAGACCCUGGGCAUCAUCCUGGGAGCCUACAUCGUCUGCUGGCUGCCCUUCUUCAUCUACACCCUCCUAGUGCCUCUCUGCCAGUCCUGCUUCCACCCAGGGCUGUUCGACAUCUUCACCUGGCUCGGGUACCUCAACUCCCUCAUCAACCCCAUCAUCUACACCAUGUCCAACGAGGAUUUCCAGCAGGCCUUCCACAAACUCAUGCUGCGUUUCAGGUGCUGCAGGGCGUGAGGACCGCUUCCUCCAAAUGGAGCCCAAAAUCAGCCCACAUGUGGGACCCAUACUGGGAUUGUCUGCAGGGUAUGUAACCGUCCAUGGUGGGUAAGGGGGCCCAGCCAGUCCCAUCUGGGUCCCAUGUCUGGGUCCCAUGGGGGCCACAGGUCACAGGCUGGAGGGCUGCAGGACAAGCAUGAGGAUUUUCAGUCUUCAGCGAUCGGUGCUGCUGGAACCCAUCUGACAUUCACAGGUGGGACCCAUCAUCCAAAACUAGGAUUACCUGCAAGCUAAGAGUUAUGGAAGUCUCCAAGGCUUCAUAAUCAAACAGACUGAGUGGUUCCUACCAGCAAGUACACACUGGACCCCUCUGGGCCCCAUCUUCAAGUUGCCCAACACGUUGCUGCAUGUUGUGGAGGACGACAUGCAGAACGACGCACGUCAGCCUACAGAGAUCUGUGGGCCCAAGCAGGAGGAAAUGAGCUGGAGGCCAUCAGAUCUAAAGCAGAAGUUUAAUCAAUCAAAAGGUUUUGAAUUUGUUUCUGUUUCUAAAUUUGAACUGAACUGAAGCGAGAAUCGCUUUGUCCGUUUGUUGACGUUCAAAUUCAGCAAAAACAAUUUAGAGUUCAUGAUAAUCUUCAUGUUUGCUUCAGAAGGAGAUCGGGUCCAACCAACAUGGUGACAACGAUUGGACCCACUCAGGUCCCACAGUUCAGUUCAGAAGGUUGCCAUAGCUGGACCCCAUGCCCUGGGUUUGUCCUGUGCAGGGGUUAAAGGUUAAAGGUUAAAGGCUCCAUAAUGAGUUUAACAAGAGGCAACAAUGACCUUCAUGUUAUUGAACUGAGUUCUGAUAAAGCAGCUUCAGUGGGUCCCAUGUUUAGGCCAGGCACAUUCAAAACCGUCCAGGCCCAAACCGAUCCCAUAUGGGGCCCACAUGGUUGGCCGGGACCUGAAUCCCGCACACUGGUUUCACUGGUUUCCCUUCAGGCUCAGAUUGUUCUGAACAACGUGGGGCGGGCUGGGACCCAUCCGUCCUGAUGCUGCAGCAGAAGGAACCAGAAUGACUUGGAGGGCACCCCGGACUGGGCCCCUGAACUCGGACUGGGCCCUCUGACUCAAAGCGGGCUCUCGGACUGAGCGUCCAUUUGUGUUUAAUUUUUCUGACUCAAUCAGAGGAACUGUUGGUACCGGCCCGGCUCACUCAGAACCAGAUCUAGUCGAAUAAAGAGGGUUCAUGUGGCAGGCUCCUCUUGGUUCCUCAUGCUGUCCCAUGAUCCAAAUUCAGAUCCCGAUUAUGAUCCCAAUCCAGAUUCUGAUCCAGAUCGCAAUCCAGAUCCUGACCCCAAUCCAGAUUCUGAUCCUGAUCCAGAUUCUGACCCUGACCCCAAUCCAGAUUCUGAUCCAGAUUCUGAUCCAGAUCCUGAUCCCGAUCACAAUCCUGAUCCAGAUCCUGAUCCUAAUCCAGAUUCUGAUCCUGAUCCUGAUCCUAAUCCAGAUCCAGAUUCUGAUCCUGAUCCAGAUCCUGAUCCUGGUGAGCCCGGUCUUCCUGUCUCUCCUCCUGACAUUCAGACUCAACGUUUAAAACUUGUGGAGAAAAAAAAUGUUUUUUAAAUGCUGGAAAAUGUCAGUUUUCUGAUCAAAUCAUCCGUUUCUCUGCUGCCAACAAACCGUGGCGCUAAAUGUCAGGCUGCGUCUGAUGAGCCUCAAAAGAAACUUUGAAGGCAGAAAAACAUCAGAAAGUGAAAAAGGAUCCAAAUCUGAUGGAGCAAAUGUCCAGAGCUGCAGCAGAGAUCCAGACUUAGAGAAAUUAAGGACAAAGUCCAAGUUCCCAAAGAAUCCAAAAUAAGAUUUUAGAUUAAAUGAUGUUAUUUCAUCCAGCAGAUUAAAAAGCACAAACUGUAAAAUUUAUAAAUUAUUAUCUAACCUGAGAGGAAGAGAAGACUGGACGGACGGACGGACAGAUUGAUUUUGCUCAUGUUUGGUUCUCCAGGCGUUCGGUUCUCCAGAUGUUGUCCUGAGCCAGCCAGCGUUUAUUAGUAUUGAACAUUUCAGCAACAAGACGGCUCAAAGUUCUUUGCAUCAUAAAAAGACAAAAACCAGGAAGUGAAACUGGACCAGUUUCAGAGAACCUGUCGAUGCGACGGGACUGGUUGUGGCAGCUUGUGGCUCAGCCUAUCAGGACGCAGGGUGGAGAGCAGAGGCAGCUGAUGAUUGGAUGAUUGAUCCUGUAAUUUGUCUGAUUUUAGAUGUUGUAAAUCUGUUGCAGCUUCAGUCAGGACGGUUUGUGAACCAGAUCCAGAUCCAGAAGCUUCAUCUGGCAAAUGAAGCUCCAGGAUUGUCAAUGGUUUUGUUGGUUUCUGCAGUAAAGGUUCUUCACUGAUCUUCCCUUUAAUGGGAGCUAUAAUAUAAAUAGUGCAGGUAAAACACAGACGACUGAAAAGCUGAACCGUACUCCACAGAACCCCCCAGCUACCGGCCAGUAGCAGAACCCAGCAGACCGCUGGAUUAUCUGGAGUCUCUGAAUCAUUGAAUUAACAGAUUCUGAUAAUGAGACAUUGAGAGUCUGGGCAGAACGCGUCUUUGCUUUGAGUGUUUUGGACCUGAAACAUCACUUUGUCGUGACUGCAGGCAUUUUGGUUCAGGAACAGAAAACCCUUGGAGAUUUGAUUGGAUGGGUCUGGAGGUGAGAAGGUGAUACUGGGCUGGUUCUGUCUGCCAGUAGAAUACGAUGAGUCCCAUUGAGCUGCCAUGACUAAACCUGAGUGGGCCGACUGAUUUUCUGGCAGAACAUUUGAAAGCAAACAUAUUCCAGUUAAAGUCAGGAAAUACAUGAAAAUAAUGUUGGAUUUAUUCAUGGACCAGUUCUGGUUCCUCAGUGAGGGCCUCCGAUGGGUCCCAAAGGUCCUGGCCAUCCCAGAGCACCAGCACUCAGGUUCAAGGCCAUCUCCUGACCCUUGAUCCCAGAAGGGAAGGGACUGGAGGUUUUUGACUGAGGAUGCAGCUCUAGAUGAGUUUGUCUGGAUUUGCAGAAUCCAGUUUCAGUUUGGUGGAUCCAGAAGGAUCUCACUCGAUCAACGUUCAGCUGUCUUUAUUUCCUUCAGCUGGUUCAGAACCAACCUGGUGUCAGAGCAUCACGGUGUUUCUGCUGGUUGUUACCGGCUGCGAUUCCUCUGCUUGCUGCUCAUAGAUCCGAUGGGACCCAUCAGUGUGAGCUUCUUUCACAGCUUAAAGCCACGCAUUGUCCUCUGUGGUGGACGUCUGGACCCAUCAGGCCUCUGAUGGAUGAUUAUAUCUGAGAAUCUGGAAUUAUAAUCUGGAUUUCACAGGGAGCCAAUGAAGCGAAGCUAAACUAUGAUCUCUGUUUCUAAUCGUCGUCAGAAUCUCGCAGCAGCGUUUCGGACGAAGGGUUUUGUUUUCUGGAUUUUUCCUGAUGGUGAAGAGCUGCAGCAGUGAAGCCUGAAGGAACAAAUGCAGGAUCAGUUUCUCUCCUGGACAGGAUGUUUAUGAUUGUGGCAAUAUUCCAGAGAUGAAAGAAGGAGAUGCUAAAAUCUUCUUACUGGGAUUUAAAUGACAUAACCUGAUGAAAAAUAUCGCAGAGGUUCUUUAUUAUUGAAGGAUAAUUUAAUGGCAUCCAGAUGCGGUGAUGACUCAGCAGGUUCUCUUUCAGAAGUUCUGAUCCAAAAACAACUUCUGUCUUUUCAGAAUUUAAAAGAAGAAAGUUUAAACCAUCCAGCUUUUAAUCUGUGAUCGAACCAGUGGGUUGGAUUCAUCAAGUUUAGAUAAAACUGCAUAUUAUCAGCAUAACGGUGAACAUUUAUCCCAUUCUGUCUGAUUAGCUUUCCUAUUGGAAGCAUAUAUAUAUAUAUAUAUAUAUAUAUAUAUAUAUAUAUAUAUAUAAAUAUAUAUAUAUAUAUAUAAAUUAAAGAGAAUUAGCCCAAGCACUGAGCCCUGUGGUACUCCUCUAGUGACCCUGGAGUGUGAGGAACAUUAAUUAUUCACAGGAACAAACUGGGAUCUGAUUGGUUUCAAUCAGAUCCCAGUUCUGGUGUCGUUUGUUCCUCUCAGACGUGUUCUAGUAGUUCUAACAGAAUGUUGUGGUAAACUGGAUCAGAACCAGAACCGAGACCAAACAGAACCAGAACAGGCACAAGUCCGUUAUCUGAGGACCGGAGAAUAUCAUUAGUGGCUUUCAGCAGAGCUGAUUGACUGAAAGUUUUCUAACAUCUCGUUACCAUUUAAAUGCUCACACUUGAUUGACUCUAUUUAGUAUUUUCACAAGAUUUGAGGAGGGAAGAUCAGAUAAAAGUCUGUAAUUUAUGAAGUCAUAACCCUAGAAUUAUUAUUCUCAUCCAUUAAUGGUGAAAAACUGGAAAAGUCUUUUUAUGCAGCAGUUGACUAUUUUUCCAAUGUUUCCUUAUAAACAAAAAUGGUUUUCAUGCUUUAUAAGCAGGAUGAGGAAAAGAAAAGCUUAGAUGUUCAAAAGAUCUGCAGCUAUUAAUGGGAAUAGGAUUCAUAAAUAAAUGUGUGAAAAUGUAAAUAAUUACAAAGGCUUGAUUCAUUUAUAGGAACAUAAUCCUGCAGGUUUCUGUUCCCCACAGAUCACAUCAUUAACUACAGAUCUGCUGUUUAAACCACAUUUCAUGGUUUUUCUGUUCAGUCAUAUUUAUCUUUAUGACAUUUUCACAAUUUGCUCCUUUUUAGGAGAAUUUUUAUUGUAUUUGAUUGUGAAAAUGAUGUUAAUCUGAGAGCAGUCACCUUAUUUCCCCUUCAUGCAUCAAACAUGGCCGCCUCUGAAUGAAAGGAGCCAUUUUAGCUUGCAGCCGUCUGCUGCAGCUCCGGAAUGAGAAGCUUGGAUCGGCUCAGUGAGGAUCCUCUGCUGCUCCGGUGGAUCACAAACCAGCUGCAGAUGAACAGGAAUCAAUAAAAAUCUCUAACAUUUCAGACUUUUCUCUCUGAACGUGUCUGAUCUGAUUACUGCAGUUUUCACCACUUCUGUUGAAUGUUGGACAGAAACGGGUCAGUUAGCAGGAAAACAGCCCAGAUUGCAUCACAGAUUAUUAACAUGCAUCAGAGAAACAAUGAAAACACAAAACAGGGAAUUUAGGUCCUUAAAUUAAUGUGCAGUUUAUUAAAGUCAACAGUAAAUCUGAGUUAUUACAGACAUUUCUAUUUACUGUGUAAAAAUAUUGAGGAGGACAGAACAGAAAUCGUCCCACCUUCAUCCGUUGUUGUCUUGCAGUCCAGGACAGCGACGGAGCUGCAGAUGGAAAGAUGCAUCAAAAGUCAAGACCAUAAAACAACAGAAAACCAACUAGAGGCUCAGAACGCUCCACCAGCUGUACUGGUGGUGGCAGUAUCAUGCUGAGCUCCAUCUGAUGUCCAGGCUGAUGGCUGCUGCAUGGAGUUUAGAUCAGCUGCUCUCCUUCUGGUGGUUCUGACCUGAACGUGGCUCUCAGCAUCCAUCAGCUUCAGUCCAACAGCAGAAAUCCUGCUGGGACAACAAGCGGCGGGUUCCUGGUUCUGGACAGUUCUGGCCAAGCAGAACCAGCUUGGUGUCAAUAAAUCAAGGAUAUUUGAUGUUGCUGCGACCGACCCGAGGCAACCAAAUGUUGACCCGUCAUCAGAGGAAGUGAGGAUGAAAACUGUCGGCCAUGUUGGAAACGUUCAGCCAGCGAAUGAGCUCAGAUCAGAGAGCACAGCCCACAGCAUCACUCCCCACUACCCAGGUCGGUCUGAUGCCCCGCCCCCAGCAGCUCUGUCACAUGACUCCAUCAUCCAACUGGGAAAUGUUUGUGUUCAGGACAGAUCAAUAAUUCAUCUGCUGGAUCAAUUAAUGUCGAUCAAUACUGACCAGAAAAAUCCUCCCGUUUCUCCGGAGCAAACAGAAACAUUCAGGUUCAAACCAAACGUCAUAUAGAGGUUUCUGAUUGGUCGUUAAUAUGCAGCUUUUUAUAUCAGAGCAACACAAAUACAAAUAAAGUCAAUAAUUCAA